AUGUCCCAAACCUCCGUCCGCCGCACCCUCUUCCACCAAACCCUCAGCCGCCGCCCCGCCUCAACAGGCCCCCAAACAGGCCCCCAACCCACGGCCAGCACAAUCCCAGGCCCAGGCCCAGGCCCAGGUCCUAACACAAACAUAGGCAUAGGCAUAGCACCAAGUACCACCAACACCACCAACGCCCUCUCAACCCGUCCCUCCCAGCACCGCCUCAAACCCACAUCCUCAGAGACAUCGCGCGCGAUCAAGAUCUCGGAGACCAGGGAGAUCGUGGUGCGCGAUAAGAAUGGCGGGUACAAGUUGGAUGUACCCGCGUUGCCGAAUGCGUUGAUUGGGGAGGACGGGGAGGAGUUGGGGGAACUUGAGGCUGAGGGGGGAUGA